UUGUUUUUUUUCUGGCCCAUUAAGCACCGAGCCCCCAUCUCCAUUUCCCUCGCUUCCAUUUCCCCUCUGAUCGCCGCCCCCAAUGGCGUCGCAGCGACGCCUAACCCUAACCCUAACCCAUUAUUUCCGAUCUCUCCUCUCCUCAUCUCCUCCUCCUCCUCCUUCUCUCAUCAAAUCUCAAACCCUAACUCUUCGAUCUCUUCAUCUCUCAACCCUCAAAAACCCUCACUCCAACUCCAUCCUCCCACUUUAUCAACAUCAACCCAUCGAUCCUCCUCGAUGUCGCCAUUUCUCUUCUCGACCUUCGGGUUCAUCGGGAGACGAUGAUGAAGACGACGAAAAUGAAGAAGACGGAGAAUACGAAGAAGAAGAAGAAGAAGAUGAUGAUGAUGAAGGCGAUGAGAGCUGCAAUGGAUCGGUGAAGAAAUUUGGAGCGAGUGGGAAAUCUGAGGAGGAGAAAGCGAACGAGGCUGCUGAUAUCGGGUACAGAGUGAUUGGGCCGCUUGAUCCUUCAGAGCGGCCGUUUAAACCUUGGGAGCCUGUUUUUGCUGUUGUCCAGAUUGGUUCGCACCAGUUUAAAGUUAGUAACGGGGAUUCGAUUUUCACUGAAAGAUUGAAGUUUUGCGAUGUUAAUGACAAGUUGAUUUUGAACAAGGUUCUUAUGCUGGGAUCAAAGUCGCAAACAAUCAUUGGUAGACCGAUAUUACCUGAGGCAAUUGUGCAUGCUGUCGUUGAAGAGCAUGCUUUAGAUGCAAAGGUAAUCAUAUUCAAGAAAAAGAGACGAAAGAAUUAUCGCAGAACUAAGGGUCAUCGACAGGAAUUAACCAAACUGAGGAUCACUGACAUCCAAGGAGUCGAGAAAUCUGAGGAUGUAGCAAUUGCUGCUUAGGAUAUAUCAUCUGUGCUCAGUGAAAAGAGAUGUUUCAAUUUGGAUGUAUCAGCAAGGCUUUAAGCGCUGUGAUCCUUGAAUACUGAAGGUUAGUCAGAAAUGUACUAGAAGGAUUCGAAAGUACAUGGCGAAGUGGAAAUCACAAAUAUAAGGUCUUGAACCACCAUUUGAAGAAGCCAAACUGAGUUAUUUUUGUAUUCCGUGUGACAUUCGAAGGCAAGUUUGCCCGGCGACCAAUAAUUUUGCUCGAUUUGUAUUGAUGCUUAUUGUCAAGCUUUUCCAUAGCAAUGAAGAUGCAACCGUAUUGUUUUUCUGAACUGGCCUUUUGGGUUUAAGAUAGGACAAAACAGGUAUUGAAAGUAUCAACUUGAUAGCCAGUGGCUAAAUAUUGCUUUAGACCUGUUUGUGUGAAGAUCCUCUUAUUUGAAUGCUACACAAAUCACUGCGGGUGUUUAAAAUCA